AUGGAGACGACGGAAGUGACUCCCCUCUUUGCCUCCGAUGAGCAAUUAAACAAAAAUGACAGCAGCAAGUGUUGGCACACCGGGGACGGAUUAGAUCACGUUGAUGGUCUAACAGGUGUUACGAGAGCUACUGUUUCAGAUCCUUCUCACUUAUUUAAGGGUAAUCAAUUUUCUUUUCUCCCUCUCCCCAGUUCUUCGCGGGAGAUGCGCAACAUCGCGGAGAAGAUGCGGCGAGACAAGCUGAACAAUUACGUGACCGAACUGGCCUCGAUCGUCCCCUUGGUGUCCGGGGCUAACAAGCGAGUCGACAAGACGUCCGUGCUCAGGCUGGCGGCCAACUUCAUUCGCAUACACAAAAAAAAAUCCAAAUGGAUAAAUGUUAUGCCCAAACGUAAAAUCAUUACCCAUUUUAACACUUCCUACUUAACUGUGUGCCUCCCCCAGGCCAUCGGCGGGUUCCUCAUGGUGGUGACUUCGACGGGGAAGGUCCUCUACGUUUCCGAGGCCAUGGAAGAGAUAUUUGGCCAUAGUCAGGUCGAUCUCCUCGGAAGAAGCAUCUAUCAUGUGAUUCAUCCCGAAGAUUAUGAAAUUAUUCAAGAACAGCUGAACUCCAAAGACACUUCUCGGAGAUCCUUCUUCUGCCGCAUGAUGGAGAAGGCUCUUUCCCGUAACGACCCGAGUCGCUACGAGAUCGUGCACAUCGUCGGGUCCAUCCGGAUGCUGCUCCAGUCCGCGGGCCACGACCAGGUUGCCGAAACCGCGAGGGACAGCUGCGAUAAGUCUUUGUCAGACGGCGAGGACAGAAUGGGCUCCGACUCUGACGGGGACGACGCCCACAGUGCCCCGGCAGUCAGCAAAGUGGGCACGCAUCUUCUCGUCGCCUUUGUCAGGGUCGUGAAGGACCGACCGAUAACCGAGCUCUCCCUGGUCGAGUCCACGCAGGACGAGUACAUCACGCGCCACUCCAUGGACGGCAAAAUCCUCUAUACAGAUCACAGAAUCUCCUUCGUGACAGGACUCAUGCCGCAGGAGGUUCUGGGCACAUCGGCAUUCCACUACAUGCACCCCGACGAUCUCGUAUGGUCCAUCGUGGCACACAAGCUUAUGUUCAGCAGCAGCCAGGGCCAAGGCAUGGUCUCUUACAGACUGAAGUGUAAGGGCAGUAAAUUCGUCACUCUUCGGUCGCGUGGUUACAUUGAGUCCAACAAGCAAACGGGUCAAGCGGAGACCUUCGUUUGCAUCAAUACUGUUGUCAGAAGUACAUGUGUUUCUGAUGAAUAUGAAACUGAAGCUUGUCAACGACAUCUCUUGCACGGUGAAGUCAUUUAA